AUCUGUCACAUCGCUGGGCCGGAUCUGUCACAUGGCUGGGUAUAAAGCGGCCUCGCGGCGGGACCGACGCCGCACCACCAUGGCUCGAUACGCGGGGACGGCGGCUGUGCUGGGCCUGGCGCUGCUGGUGGCCAGCGCCGCCCAGUCCGCAACCUCCACACAGCGCACAUCUAAGCUCUCCCUCAGUCGGACCUGCCAAAGAUGCUGUCUGAAGAAUGUGCCGUGUCCGGCCAUCUGUGAUCUGUUCCCCUGCACUAAGCCGGCAGCGGGAACUUGUCCGUACGAGCAGGAGUCUUCGAUCGCCUGUGACGGCUCGCCGUCGGAUGACACGUGCCGUGGAGGCGGCGCCUGCCCGAGCGGCCAGCAGUGCUGCAGGGACGGCUGCCGCUACCGCUGCCGACCCGUGUGCCGGCCCGCCUGCGGCCCCGACCAGCGCUGCAUCCAGCCGACCAUCCAAUGCGUCCGGGCGCCCUGUCCACAGCCACCGCCGCAGUGCCAGCUGCUGAAGAAGCCCGGCACCUGCCCCGUGAACCGUCUUCCAGCCGGAGCUAUUUGCCAGAGGCCGCUCACCAAAUGCGAGGACGUCAAAUGUCCCGGCGAUCAGAAGUGCUGCAACAACGGGUGUUUGGAUGUUUGCACGCCGCCCUGCCUGCCGGAGUGCGGUCCCGGACGGCAGUGCGUGCUGAGGAAGUCGGCGGCCUGCCUGGGUCUGGACUGCCCGCCGCCGCCGCCGCCCGUCCCCCAGUGUGUGCUGAAGGACCCGUGCUCCGUGGUGCGAUGUGCCGCCGGCUUCCAGUGCGUGGUGGAGAACUACGAGGCAAAGUGCAAGAAAAUGGAGCCGAAACCCGGCACCUGUCCAAUCAACGACCUCCUGCCGGUGAUCUUGUGUCCGGCGAACGCCACUGACCACUGCUCAAACGACUUUGAAUGUCCAAGUGGCCAAAAGUGCUGCAGCUAUGGGUGCAAACUCAACUGCGUGAGCGCCUGCGUGCCGGCCUGCGGGGCCGGUGAGCAGUGCGUGCUGCCGCGGCAGCCGUGUCUGGGAGCCGACUGUCCGCUGCCCACACCGGCGUGCCGUCCCAUCGACCCGUGCUCAGUGGUCGACUGCCGCGCCGGCGAGCGGUGCGUGGUGCGAAACGGCACGGGCCGCUGCGAGCCGCCGCCGCCGCGGCCCGGCCAGUGUCCGGCCGCCCCCGACCUGCUCACACCCUGCGUCAUCACGGACGACGCGUGCCGCUCCGACCAGCAGUGCCGGCCGGGCGAGAAGUGCUGCUCGCUCGGCUGCAACAAGCAGUGUCGGCCGGCGUGCCAGCCACCGUGCCGUGCCGGCCGGAGGUGCCGAGUGGAGGUGGAGCCCUGUCUGGUGCCACCGUGUCGGCAGCGCGCGCGCUGCGUGCACGACCGACCGGCCCUGUGUCCGCCCAACAGGCGACCCGGGCUCUGCGUCAUCACCGAACGCUCGUGCUCGUCAGACGCCCAGUGUCAGUCCAACCAGAAGUGCUGCCCCAGGGGCUGCGGCCGCGAGUGCGUCCCAGUCAGACCGGUGACACGCCCGGGAAAAUGUCCUCCUAAUCAUCCAGAUAUCAUCUGCAAGUUUGAGAAACAUAGCUGUAAUUCGGAUAAACAGUGCAGAAUCGGUCAGAAAUGCUGUCUUCGCGGCUGCGACCGUAAAUGUGUAACAGUCAAGCAUCUGAGGGGAUGAGUGAGGUAGUCUAGAUAGCAAGUGCUAAGCGUGAACUACGGCUGCACAAUUCACUGUAGGGCCUUGGAUAACGAAUUUUCGCUGGGUGGGCAAAUGCCAGAAGUUUACCCGUAGAGCAAAAUUACGUACCUAUUUACCAUUUUUCGUUUUAGUUUAGUUGCUAGGAUAUUCCUAAAGAACAGGGAUGUUACCCACAUAUGAUGAAGUUUUUGUAGUAUCGCGGCGGGUCACGGAAUAACAGAUUCAGCUCUGA